AUGGCCAUGUUCGACGUUGGUGAAUCUAUACCUCCAGACACCGCCCAUGCAGUUAGUGUAUCCCUCCCAACUUGGGAGGCCAAUGUCGGUUAUGAGGAAGGGGAACAAUGGGUCAUGGAUAAGAUGACCACUGGGUAUCCCAGGUUCUUUAUUCACCAGCGAAUUAUUGCUUUUGCCAAUGACAUUGUUGUCAAAUUCGGAAAAGGGAUAAACCAGCGAGCCAUGUUAUUCCCAACAAAAAAAAUCGCUCAGCGCUGUUUAGAGUUCAUACAACGGAGAUCGGCUCAGAAGAUCGACGUGGAAAUAAUUCACCUUGUCCUCGACCCAACCAAGAACACUCCAGAAGUCCUACAGUACGUCUUGCCGGCAGUCUCCGCCGUUCUGUACCCAGCGGACACCCACCCCUUUUUUAAACAGUACUGGCAACACUCCGGGGACGGCGUUUCUAGCAGACGAGCUGAAUUCUGCCACGGCUUAUUCAAGGACGGCCUCCUGAUUCAGGAACAGCCACCACAUUCGCCGCGGCUCAAGAAGAUGUGCCGUGGUCCUCGACGAUAUCAACGCCCGUCUUCCAUCGAUCAUACCAACGGAACGGCCACCGAGAACCUCGAGAGCUCUCAGUUUCUCGAAGAGCGGUAUGGCAGGAACCUCAACAUCUCUCUGGUAGAAAAUGCAACAUCUGCUGUUAGACGUCGUAUUGCUGGCGUGCUUACUGGAGACGUUGACUUGACAACCAAGCUACCCGCCAUGGAUUCCAAUGCCCGUGGAGUUUCUAACUUCCGGGAGGAUGACAUCUACCUGUUGCCCUGCGGUAUGAAUGCAAUAUUUCAAACUCACCAGAUCUUGUUGAGGGCGCGGGAGCCGCGGAAGAGCAUUAGCUUCGGGUUUCCGUACGUUGACACCCUCAAGAUUCUGGAAAAAUGGGGACCAGGAUGUCUCUUCUAUGGUCAUGGGGCGGCCGAGGACUUGGAUGAGCUCGAGACUCGUUUGAAGGAUGGGGAAAAUUUUCUCGGUUUCUUCUGCGAGUUCCCUGGAAAUCCCAUGCUGUCGUGUCCGGACUUGCAGCGGAUCCGCAAGUUGGCGGAUGCAUACGACUUCGCUGUCGUUGUAGACGAGACGAUCGGCACCUUCGUUAACAUCAACGUGCUUCCAUUCGCCGACGUCGUUGUGAGUAGUCUGACCAAGAUAUUCUCAGGAGAUUGUAAUGUUAUGGGUGGAAGCAUUGUCUUGAAUCCCAACAGCCGUUAUUACAAGACACUCAAAACAACACUGGAAACCGAAUUCGACGACACCUACUGGGCCGAAGAUAUUCUCUUCAUGGAGAGGAACAGCCGUGACUUCAUCAAUCGAAUCGACAGGGUUAACGCGAAUGCCGAGGCCAUCUGCGAGGUCCUGUUGACGCACCAGAGCGUGUCCAAAAUCUACUAUCCCAAGUACAACAAGGACCGGCCAAAUUAUGAGGCCUGCAAAUCGCCUGGGGGCGGUUACGGUGGCUUACUCUCCUGUGUUUUCAAGGAAAAGGCACAAGCUAUUGCUUUCUUCGAUGCUAUCCAUACGGCCAAGGGGCCGAGCCUAGGCACAAAUUUCACUCUAACCUCGCCCUACGUGAUUCUGGCCCAUUAUGGAGAGCUGGAGUGGGCUGCUAGUAUGGGGGUAGAUCCCAACUUGCUCCGCAUAAGCGUUGGGUUGGAAGAAACGGAGCAGUUGAAGACGAUAUUCCUUGAGGCGCUCAAGGCGACGGAGGGGGCAAGCAUGUGA